CCCAAAUUGUAGACUACGCUACAUCACCAUGCCAUUCCACAAAAACUCCGACGUUUCCCUCUUCUACACCGACUCAGAAGGGACUGGACCACCCGUCCUCUUCCUCCAUGGCUGGGCCUGCGACUCGCACGACUGGAGCUACCAAAUCCCCUUCCUUAUUUCCCUCGGAUACCGCGUCAUUGCCAUGGACCACCGAGGUCACGGCCGAUCCACCUCACCAUCACCCCCAUCAUCACCUUCAUCAGAACUCAACUCUUCCCCUCCCCCUCCCUCUUCCUCAGGAUACAGCCUCUCAGCCCUAGCCUCUGACGCUGCUAGCCUGCUCACCCACCUAUCCACCGGCCCCGUAAUCCUAAUUGCCCACUCCAUGGGCACAGUGAUUGCCUCCCUCCUUACAAUCUCCCACCCCACCCUCAUCCGCGCCCUCAUCCUCGCCCACCCCAUUUACAGCGGCGUGCCCCCCGCACUCCCCCUCAUGGCCGCCCGCAUGCGCUCUCUCUCCUCUUCAUCCCCGGCCCAAAUUCCUGUCCUUGCAGCAGAUUUCUUCUCCAAAUUAAUGUACACGCCCCAAACCCCAUCAUGGCUUAAAACAUGGCAAAUCCGGCGCGUGCUAGGUUGCGAACCAGAGAUGUUGGUUGGAUGUGUUGAUGGGAUCGUCGAUAUUUUUGACAGUGUGAUGGGGCAGACGGAAGCGUGUAAGGCGUUUAUGCAGAAGAGGACGGUACCGAGGUUAGUAGUUUGUACAGAGGCAAUUCCGGGGGCGGAGGCGUGGGAGAGGGAGUUGGGGGUUAGGGAGGGAGUUGACGAAGUGUGGGUGCUAGGUGGGGGGACGUUUGCGCAUAUGGUUGAACAUGAGAGGUUUAAUGGGAUUUUGGGGGAGUGGUUGAAGAAGGGAGGGUUGCCGGGAGGGGAAUGA